AAGUUAUGUACGGCACUACACCAUUCACUAUGAAAGUGGUUUGUAUAUUCGCUUGUGCUUAUUUCGGAUAUGUACUCUGGAUAUAUUUCGUUCAGAUAAGCCUUCAAGGCUUCUUUGAGGAUGGUCUGGGAGGGGUAUACGUGCUGUAG